AGAUACAAAAGAAAGGGGAUUGGAAACGAAAUUUUUACGAAAUUUUUGCGUGAAGCAUUCCGCGUUAUAGGGCGUGGCUAAAACUACAAAGGAUUAUAUUUAUAGUCAGCAUGCUCAUUACCAGUCUUGACUGCUCUACAAUGUGCUGUACAUAGAAACAGUGAAAUUGAUCAUUUUUAAUGUUGAUUUUUCUAAAAAGUAAAGAGAAUUUAGCUCUAAAAAGUCGACUAAGCCAUACAGCCACUAUUACUAGACAAAUAAAUGCUAUGCAAGAAGAAAUAGCCUUUACUAUGAAGUCGUAGGAGGGACAGGCCCGUGGCGUGUCUAAAAGUAUACUAAAGCAGUUUGAAGGACUAUACUGCAAACGUUUAUGAACAGUACAGCUUAUCUAUAGCAUGAAGCCAUUCUAUGUAGCACUUAGAUACAUAAUAACCAAGUCAAGCAAUGUCCUUUGCUGUUUUGACUUCACAGGAGGGACAGAGAAAAGUUGACAUAGAGUAAUUCAAGCUAAACUCAAAAAAAUUGGAAACAGAGUAAAGACAACGGACUUAGAGCUUGUCAGUGGUAUAAGCUUACUUCUCUCAAGUAUCUCCCAGGCCCUGAGUGAUCUCUAGUGGAUAGGAGAGCUAGAAACCAGGGAUAUAAAACUUUUCCAUGUAAUUAUUUGCGAGCGCAAUAAUUACACGGAGUGCUUCACCGGAUGUCAGUCCUUUUACAUAGGGCGUGGGCGGUCGUUUCCAAUCCCCUUUCUUUUGUAUCUCUGGUAUAGGUAAGUAAUACAUGUAAUGGUAACUGGAAGUUUGUCAACUAGAUCUACGUCAUAGAUAAUUAUCUCGUGGUUUUUUCUGCAAGUCAGCCCCACCCCCUGGCUCUGCACAUCGCUACUGACUGAGUGUAGAUCUACUAGUACAUAAAGCCAGUCCUCUGCGUUUUGUGCAGUAGCAAUACACACGCACAGCUAGAUCUACAAUGAAUGCAAAGCUAGCAAUUCAAUUGCUAGGUCUUUUCUGGUUGAGUCACCUGAGUUUGGGCAACUACCAGUUGGAGAUCAGGGCUCACAGUUAUUCCAACAGUCCACAUAGAGAUGCAGCUGGUGGCUGUUGUGACAAGGGUGGAAGGAGCAACUGUGACCCAUGGUGGUGCUUUUACUGCCAGUGUGACAAUGAGUUUGUCUUCUGUCUGAGAAAUUCCGGCACUGCUCAUGACAGCAACACUGGUAGCUGUCCUCUUGGUACCUACAGUACUGGAGAAGUGGGAGAUGACUCCUUCAACUUUGGAUCCAACAGUAUUUACAGUGGGGUGUCUAAUCCGAUGCUCUUCCAAGGAAGUGUGUGGCCGGGAGCCGUACAACUGUUUGUUGAGGUCGUCGAUAUUGACACACUCAACUCUGAUGAUCAUGUGGAUGACAUCUACGUCGAGAUCUCUAUAUCACCUAAUACACAGUUUACGACGCAGACAAAUUUCUAUGGAGAUUUUGGAAACUCUCGGAUAUCACUCAGUUUCCGUGUCAUGUGUACUGCAAACUACUAUGAUUCAGACUGUGCUACAUACUGCAUUCCCAGGGAUGAUGCCCUGGGGCACUACACAUGUAAUUCUAACACUGGCUCCAAGGUCUGUCUGGGAGGGUGGACCGGAGUGGACUGUCUUACUCCAAUGUGCUCAAGCAGCUGUAGCUCUGUGGGAGGGACUUGCACAGUGCCGGGAGGGUGUGACUGUCGCAGUAGUUGGCAGGGAGACAACUGCAACAUAUGCGUACCUCGUGCAGGAUGCUCCGCAACCGGCGGCUAUUGUACUGAACCUGACGAAUGCAUCUGUCACCAUGGUUUUGCCGGGGCAAACUGUGAGGUUGACAUCUUCCGCUGUGAGAGCCUAUCCCCCUGUCAGAAUGGAGGCACCUGCUACAACGAUAAUCAGGGAGGGUACACGUGUGCUUGCCCCCUGGCAUACGAAGGGGACAAUUGUGAGAGUGAGAGGAACGAGUGCUCCUCUUCACCGUGCUUCUUUGGCACCUGCACAGACCUUGUUGGUGAUUUCUCGUGUGAUUGUUCUCAUGGCUACACUGGUCGUCACUGUGAUAUGAACAUCAACGACUGUCUGCCCAACCCCUGCGGUAAUGAGGGACGUUGCACUGAUGGGAUUGGAGAGUUCACGUGUCAGUGCACUAAUGGUUGGACUGGGACCACCUGCUCUGAAAACAUAGAUGACUGCAACCCUCAACUUUGUCACAAUGGAGGAACAUGUCAGGAUUUGAUUGGCGGCUACCAUUGCAACUGUGCUCCGGGUUAUUUUGGCGACCAGUGUGACUUUGACCACAAUGAAUGUGCCUCCUCUCCUUGUGUGAACGGAGUCUGUCAUGACAUGGUGGCCUCCUACUAUUGUGAGUGCUCUUCUGGCUACACCGGAACCAACUGUGAUGCUGACAUCAAUGAAUGCAACUUUACACCUUGUGCUCACGGCACAUGCACGAACUCUGUUGGUGGCUACAGCUGCUCUUGUGAGCCUGGCUACACUGGGAUCAACUGUACUGUGGACAUUGACGAUUGUCUGGACGUGUCAUGUGACAACGGCGGAACAUGUGUUGAUGGUGUCAACAACUACAAUUGCGUCUGCCCGCCUGGAUGGACAGGUUCUACCUGUAGUGUCAACUUUGAUGACUGCAACCCUAACCCAUGCAGCAAUGGGGCUACCUGUAAUGAUGGAGUGAGCAGUUUCUCGUGCAGCUGUGUCCCUGGAUGGGAGGGGCCCCUGUGUGACCAUGACAUCAAUGAGUGUCAACCCGAUCCCUGUGAAAACCUUGGCACUUGCACAGAUGGCUUGAACAGCUUCAGCUGUGACUGUGCUUCAGGGUUCACUGGUACUCGCUGUGAGACCAAUAUCAAUGAGUGUGCUUCAGGACCCUGUGUCAACGCUGACUCUUGUGUGGACCUGGUGAAUGACUACCUGUGUCUGUGCACUGACGGCUGGGAGGGGAGGAAUUGUGACAGAGAUGUCGAUGACUGCGUCAACAACCAGUGUACCAAUGGAGCCACUUGCCUCGAUCUGUUCAGGGGAUACAAUUGCAGUUGUACUCCUGGUUACUAUGGGCAACACUGUGAGACGGAGGUGGACGAGUGUCUGCCUGGCCCGUGCAUCAACGGAGGCACCUGCACUGACCUUGUCGAUAGCUACUCUUGCAUCUGCACCUCAGAGUUCCAGGGCAAUGAUUGUGAGAUCGACCUGAAUAGGUGUCGUUCUAGCCCGUGCAUGAACGGAGGAACUUGUAUCAACGGCCUCAACUCUUACAACUGCAUGUGUGGCCCCUCCUUCACUGGCCUGGACUGUAGCGUUGAAUUGGACGCUUGUCUCUCCUCACCGUGCGCUCAAGGAACCUGCGUGGACCAGAGUGUGGGGUACUUGUGUGUAUGUGACCCAGGCUACACAGGGGACACCUGUGACGUGGAUAUCAACGAGUGCUCCCCCGAUCCCUGUAGGAACGGAGCCACCUGUCAGGAUCUGGUGAAUGCAUUUAGGUGUGACUGUCUCCCUGGUUUUUACGGCACUCACUGUGAAACCGAUGAAGAUGAUUGUGUCUCCAACCCCUGUAUCCAUGGAAGCUGUGUUGACAAGACUGGUGGGUUCCAGUGCAACUGUGAGGAUGGGUACGAUGGUACUGUGUGUGACACUGACAUUGAUGACUGUGUGGGGAACCAAUGCACCGAUCAGGGAACUUGUAUGGACGAGCACCUUGACUACCGGUGUGUGUGUGCCCCUGACUACUCUGGGAGAUUCUGCCAGAUCCACUUCCCAUUCGACAUCAACGAGUGUGACCCUAGCCCAUGUCUAAAUGGGGCAUCCUGCAUAGAUGGACUGGGUGAGUACACUUGUGUGUGUGCCAGCGGAUGGACAGAUACCAACUGUGGCGUGAACAUCGAUGCCUGUCAGCCCAACCCCUGCACCAAUGGAGUACCAUGCACAGACUCUGGGGAGGGUAUGGACUACAGCUGUGACUGCCCAACUGGUUUCAACGGCAAGAACUGUGAAAUAGGCCCUGUAGGAGUGGUCACUAGCCCUUUAAAUCAGUCUCUCACUAAUCCCCCAUCAACCCUCGUGGGGAUAGUUGCCCCAGUGGCAGGUGGUGUCGCCCUUUUGCUCAUCCUCCUCCUGGUCAUGGGACUGUGUAUCUGCUGCUGUGUCAAGAGAAGAAAGCACUCAACAAAAUUCUUUAAUAACGAGCCAGUGCGAUUCUCUGUCAAUGAGCAACAUGAAAACCCCAUCUAUAUGAUCCCUGGGCAUCCCAUGGAGUCGUCCCACCCCCCUUCUUCUUUUGAUAACCCCUCCUAUAUGUCUAACCCUCGUCGCCCACCUCCCCAAGAGCACAUCUACUCUAGCAUAAGCCACACCUCGUCACCAAGCUUCAUUGUGACUGACGACAAAGCUCUGCUAGUGGACAAUAUGGAGAAGAACUAGGACUAUGAUUAGGGAGACCUCCAUAAGUUGUAGAUAAUUUAUUUUGAGCCACACUAAGUGUGUAUCAUUUUUAAUUUUGUACAGAACACUAUAGUUUACAGUGCAUGAUUAAUUAUUAUAGAUCUACCAUGUAAGUUUUUCUCAUGCAUCCAGCAUUGUUUGAGCCCUUUCUC